CGUGUGUGCAUGUCGCUCUCUUUUACCUUCCUGUAAAUACGUAGUCGUAAUUCGUUACACUAAGUUACUAUUACUUGUAAAGUUAGUUAUAAACAUGUGUCUCGCUAAGGAUGGAUCACCUUCGCCGCAAAAAGAGGUCGUGUCGCCUCGUUCUCCAUGGAAGAAGCUCUUGAACCGUCAGAGCUCAAAGCCCAAAUUGCCGCGAAAGGUGACGACAUCGACGCGAGUUAAUCUUAAUAAGUGCUGGACGAAGCUUGGUGAGCUGAUAUCCAACGCGUCUCCGCGCGCUGACCUGCCAUCGCAAAAGACUGUAUACCCGGAGGAACCUCUCUUAGUGCCGUUCUCUGAAUACUUCUACCCUGUUGACCCGGUCAAACCGGUGCCUGUCGAAGACAGCGACAACGCAGAGAACCAAAACAUUCUCAACAACAACCGAUUCGAGCUGAUCUCCGAAGCUUUGGAAAUCAACGACAACAUGGCUAACGAAGUUCGCGAAAUCUGCUACUCGGCCACCAAAAACAACUGUUUCGUAUGUAAAUUAUGCUAUUAAUCUUUAUUUGUGCCUUAGUUUUAAUUCCAAUUACCGCUUUUCCGAAUCCUUUCUUCCCAUUCGAAGCUUUAAUUUUUCGGUACUAUUAAUCCAGUGAAAAACAAAAUCAUGUCUUCCAAUGUUUAGAUUAAGUGCGUGCUCGUUUCGUAGACUAUAUCAAUCGUGUCUUCCAUUAGACUUAGAACUGUCACAAUAACUGGUCAGUUUUGACAGCUGUCAUUACAACUAUAAAGAUUUUAAAACCAAGAUUAACCGCAUCAUUUAUAUGUUAACUUUUACUUUAUAGAUAAUUUUUCUGACAUAUUUUUUAUCUGUCAGAACUGGCCAGUUAUAAGUUGAUGGGUAUAGUUAGAUCGAUGGUGCAUCAAGUCGCUUUCCAGUUGGCUAUAUUGUGAUUACUAUUGAUUAAUUAUCUGUGAUCUUAGUUGUAUUACCAACUCGGAAUCGUAUUACAGCAUCAUCGAAUUGUUUAAAUUAAUUGUUCGAUUUAAUAUAACAGUGUAAAUUGACAGCAUGUUUUGGUAGACAGCUUUAAAGCCCAACUGCACUGUAUUUAUCAACGCACUAAUAACUGGUUAGCUCUUGCAUUUCAAUCCUGAAUAAAUCAUAAUUGUAUCGUAAAUCAACGUCUUCCAUUAGUUUGUAAGAAUUUGUCUGUGAUUUUAAAAAUACACAUGAAAGCUUUAAUUAGUUAUAAGGGAAUUAUU